AUGGCGUCCCUUGUUAUUCCUUCUUCUGGAAACCACGGUCAAACUGGCAUGGAGAAGGAUCAAAUCACUAUGGUUAUGGUUCCUUUUCCUGUUCAAGGACACUUCAAUCAAUUCCUUCAUCUCUCUCGCCUCGUUUCUUCAUACCACAUUCCAAUUCAUUAUGUUGGUUUUAAUACAGAAAUUAGCCAAGUUAAGGCUCGAUUACAUGGUUGGGAUUUAGCCACUGCUACUAACUACAUCCAUUUCCAAGAAUUCCCAACCCCAUCUUCUUAUAUGGCGCCGGCCCCUCCUGAUUGUUCAAAUAAUUCUUCUAAAACUAUCUCGAAACUCAUAGCAUCCGUACUGGAUGCAUUUUUUACAUUGCGCGAGCCUGUGAGUGCAUUUAUAAAGAAGCUUUCCAGCACAAGUCCAAGAGUUAUUGUCAUUUAUGAUUCUAUGAUGGCUUCCACUGUUCAAGACAAAUUGGCUAAGAAACUUUUUCUCCUAUCUGGUGCUCACAUUCCAGAUGGACUUCCAACUCUCAGAAGUACUUUCACACCUGAGUUUAUUGAAUUUAUGCGAUUACAACAUAGUUGUAAUAAAUUCAGCUCUGGGAACUUAUACGAUACUUGCAAAGUUCUCGAGGGUCCUUAUCUUGAAACACUAGCAAAGUUCAGUAGGUUACUCGGAAUUCGUAAGCAAUGGGCUGUUGGUCCCUUCAAUCCGGUGACUAUAUCAGGGGAAAACGACUCAAAAGUUCGUCACAAAUGCUUAGAGUGGCUUGACAAGCAAGUCCAAAAUUCAGUGAUUCUUGUUUCUUUUGGAACAACAGGAUACUUAUCUAUGGAACAAAUCAAAGAACUUGCUAUAGGAUUGGAAAAAAGUAAGCAGAAGUUUAUUUGGGUAGUUAGAGAUUUAUUGUCAGGAGGAGAAGGGGAAGUCAGAAUCCCUGAAGGGUAUGAAGAGAGAGUAAAAGAAAGAAGAAUUAUUGUAAAAGAUUGGGCACCCCAAUUAGAAAUUUUGGCACAUUCAUCAAUUGGCGGAUUUAUGAGUCAUUGUGGGUGGAAUUCAUGCAUGGAAAGUAUUACCAUGGGAGUGCCUAUAGCGACAUGGCCUAUGCGUUUUGACCAGCCCAAAAAUGCUGUGUUUGUUACUGAAGUGCUUAAAAUUGGAGUCAGUCGUGAAGCAUUGGGAUGCCCCUGA